AUGCCAUCUUCCAAUACUUCCGACUACCCCGACCAUGUCAAGUACGAGCUUGCCCGUCGUGAAGGUAUCAAGAUGGACAUGGACCCGGAGCCAGUGGACGAAAAGAAAAAGAAGAAGAGGAAACAUGUCAGACCAAAGACUGCGACUGUGAAGUCUGCAAAGACUCUUGAAGCUGAAGGAUAUGAGCCCAAAGAAGCAUAUGAAAUGGCGAAGACAAACAAUGAAGCUCAACGAAGACAGGGAAGACGCUCCCAUGACCCUGACAAUCCCAAAAAAAGACUCGUUAGUCAACAGAAUAACAUGCGCUUCCAACAGCCUGCACCCGGUCCAUUCCCUCACAACCCUACACAGAAGGAAGCCUACACCCCACCCCAUCUCCAUCGCCCCCGCCCCAAUACUCUCAGCUUGCCGCAAACUCCUCCAGCUACUGAAUCUCAGGUCAGCCCACUUCCUGGUCUGAGUGGUAGUCACUGGGCUGGCAGUGAGGAGAUUUGCCCUCCUACCAAGACCCAGUCAACCACGAAUACAGUCAAUGCGGAGACCAGUGAGCAUGGUAGCGCUGCCCAGAACGCUAUGGCUGAGGUUUGCCCUGGUGUUGUUGAAGACAGAGAUCUCAAGCAGGACAGUAUUGAGGUUUCUAUCAUUGAGAAGGAUACGGUCGAGGUCGAGCAGAAAAAUGGCGAGGAGGAGAAAGUAGACGAGGGUAUUUUCGAGGGAGAAAAGAGCGAGAAUGGGAAUAUCGGUGAAAUUUUGUCCGGAUCAGAGGGUAAUGUAUCUCCGAAGAUGGAAACCUCGGAGUUUGAGCAGCAGCCACAAGUCUCAAUCGCCGAACACGAAGAGUUGAAGCAGCAACUCACUACACUUCGAAACACACAACUCAAUCUCCAGCUCCAAUAUAACACUGUAGAACAACGGGCCAAUCAGCAGCAAAAGCAGUUAGAAGGUCUUCAGAAAACCAACACAAGGCUGGAAGGCCGCCUUGCAAGCUGGAUUUCCAUGGACAAGCACAACCAAGACCAGCUAAAGGAGAACGCUGUUGAAAUCGAAAAACUGAAGAGAGGCAAGACAACUUUUCGGGAAUUGAUGGACAAAGCUCGUCAGGAAUUGCACGACUUUCAGAGGAGCGAGAAGCGUGAUCUGACCACACUCAAUAAUGAGGUCAAUGAACUCCAUCUCAAGCUCAAAAAAGCCAAGAGCGACCUUAUCAGCGAAAAGACAAACGCACAGGCGGCCUCGAGACUGCACGCCUACAAAGCCAAGUUAUUAAAUGAAAAUCUCAACCAGCUGAAGGAUAGCCAAGCGGAAUCUAGUGGCGAGAUCGAGAAUUUGAACUUGUAUCUCCAUGAUUUGCGGCAGAGACUGGCAUUGGAGCAGCUCGCUCACAACGAGGCCAAAGCCCAGCUUGCAGAUACAAACGCCAGGGAUGAUGGCCUCAUCUCCCAGCUGGAAGCUUGCAAGACAGAUCUCCAAGCAGCCAAGCUACAAACAGAACCAGUCGAGAAUCAAGUUAGAGAUCUCAAGAUUGCGACCGAGAAGCGCCGGGCGGAGGUGAAGGAUGUGGGGGUUCAGGUGGAGAAAUAUCAGGGAAGAGUCGCCGAGCACCUUUCGCCGCGUCCGGCAAAGGGAGGCAAGAAUAGAAAUUGGCAGAGCAGAAACCGGAGAUUUGAUCCCACAAAGGAGGCCAGACAGGAGCAAGAUGAGAAGAAUAAGUCGUCAGCACUUGUUCUUUUUAGACCUCCUCGCUCUCUUGAACAAAAGGCUUUCCAAACCAUCCGUGAGACAAUCAUGUACGCUUGCUUGGCGCAGAUGGGCAUGGAUGAUCUGGUUUACCAUGAUUUCAAUCUCAUUAAAUUCUGUCCAGAUUGGCAUUGUUCUUUCCAUCGGUCUGUUCCAUACCGCGCCAUCAACGCCUCUCCCCACUCUAUCGAGUCUGCCGCAGAUACUAAGGUUGUCAAAAUCCCACAACCAAAGACCAGAACUAGAGCCGUCGAAGCACCAAAGCCUAUUCCAAAUAGAGCUACUGAAUUCUUCUCCUUCGCCGCCCAGUUCAUCAUUUACGGAACUGCCAUUCUCUUGUUCAUCAGUUCCUUUCUCCCUGAUGCGAGGUUUCAACAUAGCGACCACGAAAACGCGAGGUUCGUUUCCGCAGCGCCAUCCCGCGAAGUUUUCAACUCCACAAUCUCAGUUGUGGAUACAACAUGCCCAUGGGAAACUCCCAGGCCAUCAGCAUUAGUCCUCGUUGCCUCGUCUAGCCUCAUUGUAGUCGAGCCUCUCGUGGCCGAAUCUGAACUCUUCUGGAUCGAUACCAAGGAAUUGACUGGUAACUGUUCAGCUUCGGACCGAGAUACCCAGGAACAGAUUAAAGGCGAUGAUACUUGUAGCAACUCGAGACAGGAUUCCGAACGCAGAAUUGCGAUUGGAAUUGUAGUCACAGUUGUCGUGCCUGCUGUGGUUAUCAGUGGACUCGCGCACGCAUUCGGCUACUUGUGA